AUGGUGACGGCAACGAAGGAGGAGCAAGCGUCCAAAAGCGAGAGGAAUUGGGGACCUGCUUCUGCUGAUGUCAGCAGGUGCUGGCUAGGACUGGAAAAUGAAGGUGAAACAGGAUGGUUGGAUGAAACUAAGGAGGUGGAAGAAGAGGAUUCUCAUUUGGACUUGCAGGAGAUUCGCAACCGUGUGGAGAGAAUGAGGCGAGAAGUGCGAAACAGAAGAAAGAUCCUUAUAAAAAGUCUCCCUUUGGACAUCACUAACCAGGCAAUACAUAAUCUUUUGGCUGAAUAUGAACUGAAAUACUGUUUUGUGGACAAAUACAAAGGAACUGCCUAUGUGACACUCCUCAAUGGUGAGCAGGCAGAAGAUGCAAUCCACCGCUUCCAUCAAACACGUCUACGUGAUCGGGAAUUGUCAGUACCUCAACCAACUGAUGCUCUCCUGUGCAUUGCUAACCUGCCCCACAGCUACACUCAGCAACAAUUUGAGGACCUUGUUCGUCCAUUUGGUAACCUAGAGAGGUGCUUCCUUGUUUACAAUGAAGUCACUGGUAACCCUAAAGGUUAUGGUUUUGUGGAAUACAUGAAGAAGGACUCUGCAUCCAGGGCUAAGUCAGACUUGUUUGGCAGGCAGUUGGGCACCCGUACACUCUAUGUCCACUGGUCAGAUGUCAGCCAGCUCAGUUAUGAGCUUCUUCAUUCUCACUGCUUGUGUGUGGAACAGCUAGUGGAGUGUGAAACUGGGGUGUUGAAAGAAGCAUUCUCAAAAGUUUGUCAACCAUCAUUCUGUCAGCUGGCAUAUGGACAAGAUGGUCAGUUCAAAGGCUUUGCUGUUGUGGAGUACGACUCCAAGGAAGUGACAGAAAUUGUCCAGCAGAAGAUGAAUGGGUCUAUUGUGGCAGGGAGCAGAGUGCGGGUAUCCUUCUGUGCGCCUGGCCCCCGUGGUAGGAGUAUGUUGGCUGCACUUAUAGCUGCACAAGCAACUGCAUUAAAUCGAGGAAAGGGGCUACUCCCAGAACCCAAUAUUCUGCAGAUUUUGAGCAGCCUUGGGUCUUCCGCUACACUGCAGCUGCUGCUAAACCCUCUGCUUCAUGGGACAUCUGGGAACAAACAAGGAAUUCUUGGAGCUGCUCCAAAUGUGCCCCUUCUUGCUAACCCUGCACUUUCUGCUGCUCUCCUGCAGCUGGUUCUGCAGAAUCAGACAGCACAGAAACCUGGUAUUUUAGGAGAUUCUCCUCUUGCUGCUUUAUAUGGGGCAUUGGGCUUAUCACCCCAGAUUACUCCUCCUCCUGGGAAACAACUUUUGCCUGAUCUAGGAAUUGGGGGCUCCCUUGCACCUGUGGGUUUGCCUUCUGACCUUGCAGCUGCAACAGCGCAACUAUUCUCAGGACCACUGGGUAGUGAGUGGGACAGCCCACCGCAAACUCCCAUUUUGGGCUCAAUUUUGAGUGGAUUGCAGAAGCCGAGCGAGCAAGGGGUGUCCCUCCUUGGGGAGCCCCCCAGAGACGGAAAUUCUGGUCAUUUCAUGAGUUACCAUGCCAAAAUCCCUAGCACAGGAUCAUUAGGGUCGUCAAAUAAGCAAGUUCCUUACAAACCAAAACCCUUGGGCAACAGGAACCAUCCUCUUUCCAUGCAGGAUUCUAUGUUGACUCCCUCUGAUGGCUACCAGUUUGAAUACCCACAGGAGCUGCCUCCUCAAAGGUAUUCACAGAACAGAGACCAUAACCGUUCACUCUUGCCAUCUAUCAGCUAUCCAUAUCCCAGGAAUAAGCUAUCGCCAUCUUCCAGGUUUCAUGAACGCAGUAGUAAUAUCCCAGCUCCUCUGCCCCCAUUCUCCAGUGGUUCUCCCACGUCCUACUUUACAAGUGGUCUUCAAGCUGGAUUCCAGCAGACCAAUCUAAAAGCUGUUGGGAUGCCUCCAAGCAGCCCUGGAGGAGUAAUGCUAGGAUAUGAGGAUCGGAGCCCAAAUGCUGAAAAUGCGUACAAAGUACCAUUAAGGAUAUUACUGAAAAGAAAAGCACAGUUAUUUAAUCAAAAAGAAAAACCAUCACCACCUACACGAAGACACUUGAGAUUUACUUUAUAACACUUUACUAGGAGGAGCACCCUUUAACAAUUACCUGAUCACUCAU